GCACAUCACCAACAGGAAACGGCCACAGCUCAGCUGGAGCAGCUUCAUCAGGAGGCAAAGCGACAGGAAGAAAUACUUACCAGGGCAGUCCAAGAGAAGGAGGCCCUAGUACGGGAGAGAGCAGCUCUAGAAGUGCGGCUGCAGGCUGUGGAACGAGACCGCCAGGAUCUAACUGAACAACUUCUGGGACUUAGCUCAGCCAAGGAGCAACUGGAGAGCAGUCUGUUUGAGGCUCAACAACAGAUUUCUGUAAUAGAGGUCACCAGAGGGCAGCUGGAGGUCCAGAUUCAAACUAUCACUCAAGCUAAGGACGUAAUCCAAGGGGAGGUAAAGUGCCUGAAGCUGGAACUGGACACAGAAAGAUGCCGGGCAGAGCAGGAACGGGAUGCAGCUGCCCAACAACUGGCCCAGGUUGAGCAAGAGGGACAGACUGCCCUAGAGCAGCAGAAGAUGGCCCACGAGGAGGAAGUGAAUCAACUCAUAGAGAAAUGG